AUGGUUUGGGCGAGAAAAUAUGUUUUAAAAAAACACUAUACUGGAGCUCCAAAAUUAUCGGAUUAUGAAUUAGUGCAAUACGAGCUGCCUGCAUUAAAAGAUGGAGAAAUUUUGGUAAAAGCGGAAUGGAUUGGCGUUGAUCCUUAUUUACGAGUUUACGAUUCUGUAUUUAAGGUACCAUACGAUCAAUUUGGUCUUCAAGUCGCUAUAGUGCAAGAAUCGAAGGAUCCAGACUAUCCGGUAGCAACUCGAGUCGUGUCGCACAAAGGCUGGUGUGAUUAUAGUAUUAUAGACACGAAAGCGCCGGUAAAGGAGGUGCCUUGGGACAUUUUUUAUAAGCUACCCGAUUUAAAAGGACUUUCGCCGUCAUUAGGUGUUGGUGCUAUUGGAAUGCCUGGAGCGACAGCAUACUUCGCGCUUAUCGAAGUUUGUCAGCUUAAAGCUGGAGAUACAGUGGUGAUAACUGGUGCUGCAGGUGCAGUGGGCACAGUAGCGGGACAAAUAGCUAAAAUCAAAGGCUGCAAGGUCAUAGGUUUUGCUGGCUCUGAUAUAAAAGUGAAAUGGCUAGAAAACGAACUUGGUUUUGACAAAGUCUUCAAUUAUAAGAAAGUUAACAUACAUACAGCUCUUAAAGAAGCCGCUCCUAAUGGCGUCGACAACUAUUUGGAUUGUGUGGGAGGAGAAAUAAGCAGUAUAAUUAUAAGCCAAAUGAACACAUUUGGAAAAGUGGUAACUAUAGGCAGUAUCAGUUCUUAUAAUGCAGAUCCUUCACAACUACCCAAAGUCACUAUUUUACAACAAUAUAUUGUACCUAAGCGACUUACAAUCAAAGGAUUUGUAAUAUGGGAUGAAUAUAAGAGAUGGUCUGAAGCAUUUACGAAUUUAAUCAACUGGAUAAAAGAAGGAAAGAUAAAAACUCCAGAGCACAUAACAGAAGGCUUCACUAAUAUUUUUGAAGCAUUUAGUGGAAUGUUAGAUGGCGAGAACCUUGGUAAAGCUGUAGUUAAAGUUUGAAAUAAGCUAUAUGUAUAAGUAUUACGUAGACAAUAAAAUUAUUCUGUAAUGUUUAA